AUGUUAAACCAUACAUUUUUGAGAGCUUUAAGGCCAGUAUUAUUUAGUGCUCCAUAAUCACAAGAACUAGCUUCUAGAAAGGUUUACUAUGAAACAGUGAAAGCACAUAGAACAAAAUACAAGUCAUCAGCAAAAGAAAAGAGAAAGGCUAAGAAGCGUGCUCAAAUUGGUGGUAUUCCGACCCCAAGAGAUUUCGGUGAAGAUCAACCAUCAUUUUUUACAAGUCCUAGAACACGACUUUAUGUUAAGCUUAUAUAAGACUAUAAAAAUGCAAAUAGAAUCAAUAGAAAGCCUAUUCCUGAGGAAGUUAAGCAAGAAUUGGCUAAAAAAUCGAAAGAAUUUUUCGCUUAUAAGCAUGUUGAGAGGAUUUUAUUAGAAAAAGAAGCAAAUGAAUUCGUUAUAAGCUAAUAUAAAGCUUAAUAAGCUACUAUAUUCUUGCCAGAUUAAUUGUUUGAGGAAAGUUUUGGUGAUAGUGGUGAGACGAGAUAACUUGAAAUGCAUGAAUUCAUGCCUGCUCAGUUGUAUCUUGAAUAGGUUUUAAGAAUAUUUCCAAGAGAGUAUGCCUCUAGAUUCAGACUAAGUCCAGCAUUUGAAGAAACUUUAAUGAAGUAUGAAGAAUCAAAAGGUGGUAGUGCUGGAACAAGAGCAGUAGGAAGCGGAAGUGGAGUACAAGGGGGAAUGCCAGCCCUAUGA